AAUAAGGAGGACAAAUGUAAAGCAAAGCACUGAUGUGUUUACUUCAAAACAGGAUUUGUAUUCAUGUCCUUCAAAAUUCCUAUUUAAAACAUUUCAUUGCUUUUGUUAUUUUAGUUUUUUUGUUCUGUAAAGUGAAUAUACAUAUCACAUAUGAGUGCAUAAAUAUAUUUUCCCUUUUUUAAUGGUUAGGAAAGAGGACGACCCCAUUGUGUUUCUGCAAUGCUGGCUAAAGGCAGAAAAGAUUAUAACGGUGUGAUAACCCCGCACAAGCCUGUCCCACCACAUCUGCUCCACCAUACGUCUCCCAGACGUGCUGGCCAGAAAUCAAUAUCAUCAUCAGAGGUUAGAGGUGUGACUCAGAGAUCAACCACAGAGGCUGAUAAGGCACACACACUUUCUCCCUGCUCUUUAAAACAGCUACAGGAUCAGUUCCUUUUAGAACGAUGGGAUGCAGACGCCAUCGUAAAGCCGCUGCUGGACACCGAGCAUGGGUUUAUCAAGGAUCUGGAACACUUCCUAAACCACAGAGACAUUCUCAGAGUGAGGAAGCGUGAGCUUCUGCACAAGCGCUGGACGGAGUGUGUGUGGUGGCCUGUGCAGCAGAGUGUUGAGCAGCGCUUCACACGCUGGUGUCAUGAAAGGGGGGAGCCAAGAAAGAUGGACUACACAGACUAUAGCACUAACCUGCAACCAGUGGUUACAUAUUUACUUUAA